CAUAACCUAACUUUUUUCAUGUGUUUAGUGGUGUCAAUAAUUUAAAACAGAUUACUGAAAAUGGUUAAGAAACGUUAUAAUUGGAAGUCAAGACAAGUCGUAAAUACAGUAGUUGAUGAUUCAGCUACAAAAAAAAUACAACUAGAUUUACCAGUAGAAGGCCACUACGACCAAAGCAAUGAAUUAGUUCUUCCCUCAAAGAAACGUAAAACGAAAGUGAAAGACGAAAAGAACAAAGUCGUGAAAAUCCUCUCAAAAAAACAUCGAAAGAAGUUGGAAAAAAUUGUUGAAAAGAAGAAGAAAAAGGAAAAUAGAGCAUCCCUUUUAGAAGCGUUAUCAAAAGUCCAGGCAACCCCGAAUGAACUAAAUAAAUUAACCUCGAUAUCCACGGUACAAACUAAAGGACUAAAACGUCACCUCCUUGAGGAGACAACUGUGGAAAAACCCAAAAAACCAAAACGCGACCUCCAAAUACUGUCCGGCGAAAUCAAACUCAACAGCAUUUCGGGAGCAAAACGCCGCCAGCUCCUUGAAGAAGAAACCAAAACAGAAACAAUCAACGACCCAAACGUGGUUGGUUUUGAAUCUUCAGACUCCGGUAAUGACAGCGAUUCAGAACCUGAACCACCUCAAAAAGAAAAACCAGAACUUCCCCCAAAAGCCGAACCUGAAAAAAAAGAGCCUCAAAAUGAUACAAAACCAAAAGAAAUAAAGGAGCCCCAAAAUGAUACAAAACCGAAAGACCCAGAACCCAAACCGGUAAAGAAAAAACCUGAAGCAAAACCAGCAGUGUACGUCGACGUAAUUCGUGAUGAAGAAAUCCAAAAAGCCCGUUUAAAACUGCCCAUUCUGGCUGAAGAGCAACAAAUAAUGGAAGUCAUUAACGAAAACCCGGUUGUGAUCAUUGCCGGCGAAACCGGCAGUGGCAAAACCACGCAAGUCCCACAGUUUUUGUAUGAAGGGGGUUACGCUUUGAAGAAACAAAUCGCAGUAACUGAACCCCGACGAGUCGCUGCUAUAGCCAUGUCAAAACGCGUUGGCGAAGAAAUGAAUUUAAAUUCGCGCGAAGUGUCAUAUUUGAUACGGUUUGAAGGAAAUGUAACCGAAGACACCAAAAUUAAAUUCAUGACUGACGGUGUUUUGCUAAAAGAGGUCCAGAACGAUUUUCUUUUGAGUCAGUACUCUGUUGUGAUAUUGGAUGAGGCUCACGAAAGGUCGGUGUAUACCGACAUUUUAAUAGGGUUGCUGUCGAGGAUUGUUCCUUUGAGAAAAAAAAGAGGGGAUCCACUUAAACUGAUAAUCAUGUCGGCCACUUUGAGGAUUGAAGACUUCACAAUGAACCAACGAUUGUUUAAGACACCACCUCCAGUUUUAAAAGUCGACAGCCGACAGUUUCCAGUCACUGUUCACUUUAAUAAACGAACGGACGAAGAUUAUUUGAGCGAAAGUUUCAAUAAAACGGUCAAAAUCCACACGAAAUUGCCAGACGGAGGAAUUUUAGUUUUUCUGACUGGUCAACAAGAAGUUAAUUCUUUGGUUAAGAAGUUACGGGCGAAAUUUCCGCUGAAGGCGAAGCCAAUUAAGGACGACACGGAGGAGGAGGAGGAGGCGGGGCCUAAACUUCGCAAACAGAAAAAAGUGUAUGCGCCUAAAGUCGACCUGGACGACUACAAACCUGAUUGGUCCAGCGACAGCGAAGAAGAGACAGAGGAACGCCCCGUUCACAACGCCGCGCCUCUGUGGGUGUUACCCUUAUACUCCAUGCUACCAACCCACAAACAAAAUGAAGUUUUCAAACCGCCUCCUGCUGGUUGUCGCUUGUGCGUGGUUAGUACGAACGUGGCCGAAACCAGCUUGACCAUCCCUAAUGUCAAGUACGUCGUGGAUUGUGGGCGGAGCAAAGUCAAACUUUACGAUAAAGUGACCGGAGUUAGUAGUUACGUAGUCACGUGGACUAGUAAAGCCUCAGCCGACCAACGAGCGGGAAGAGCGGGACGUACGGGUCCAGGUCAUUGCUACCGCCUCUACUCAAGCGCUGUGUUCAACGACACAUUCCAGAUGUUCUCUAUACCAGAAAUCCAGCAAAAACCAGUCGACGACUUAUAUUUACAAAUGAAAUGUAUGAGUAUCGACAAAGUGGUGAAUUUCCCAUUUCCGACAGCCCCCGAUUUGUUACAAUUGAAGACGGCCGAGCGCCGACUGGAAGUACUAGGGGCGUUAACAAAAGGACAAGUCACCGCCUUAGGGCGUGCCAUCGCCAAAUUUCCGGUUUUACCCCGUUUUGGCAAAAUGCUUGCGUUAAGUCACCAACAGGAUUUACUCCCUUAUACGGUAUGUCUUGUGGCUGCUUUAUCCGUCCAGGAAGUGUUGUUAGAGAGGCCGAUUAACGAAGGCGACGAUAAGGGUGAAAGGCUUAAAUGGGCGGGGCUUCGACGACAGUGGGCGGGCAGUGGUAACUCGCUACUCUUGGGUGACAACAUGGUGCUCCUGCGAGCGGUAGGCGCGGCCGAGUAUGCCAACACCCAAAACAAACUAGAAAAGUUUUGUUUCGACAACGGGUUAAGACACAAGGCGCUUGUGGAAAUCAGGAAGUUGCGUCUGCAGUUAACCAAUGAGAUUAAAGCGAAUAUGCCGGAGGCGGAGCUUGUGGUGGACCCACAAUUAGCGCCGCCUACUGACCUUCAAGCUAAACUAUUACGACAGAUUUUGCUAUCGGGGAUGGGUGACCAAAUCGCGAAAAAGAUAGGCGAAGAGGAAGCUGAAGAUCGUGUCAAGUUUAAAUACGGUUAUCACGCGAAUAAUAUGGAAGAACCUGUUUUUCUCCAUUCUGGGUCGGUCUUACGCAAAACCCUUCCCGAGUUUGUGGUUUAUCAGGAGAUUUACGAAACUAAUAAAAUUUAUAUGAGAGGGGUUACAGCGAUUGAACCCGAGUGGUUGCCGGUGUAUGUACCCGAUUUGUGCAACUUGAGCGAACCUUUGAGUGAUCCAGAACCUAGGUACAAUCGAGCGAAUGGAAAAGUGUAUUGUACGGUGACGGGAACGUUCGGAAGUCAGGGUUGGAGUUUACCAAAUGUUGAAAUUGAGUUUCCUAGGACUAUAAAUUAUUAUAAGUGGUUUGGAAGGUUUUUGUUGGAGGGGGUUGUUUUUAAGAAGUUACUUAAGUAUAAGGAGGUGUUGUUAAGUCAGCCGAGUAUUAUGGUGAAGAGCUGGGCGAAGCUGCAGCCGAGGACUGACGCGCUUUUGAAGGCUUUGGUGUCAAAGGAAGUGAUUUCCAAAGAACGGUUGGACGAAAUAUGGAAGGAAACACCCAAAUUUCUUUUGGAGGAAUACCUGCGAUGGAUGCCCCAGUCAGCAUAUGGUGAAGUGAGUUUAAUGUGGCCACCACUAGACUAACUCUGGUCCAUUUCUCAAGCUUUGCUACUACUGGAUUUUAAUAGAUCAACAUACAACAUAAAAGAUACAAUAACAUUUAUUUUUUAUUAUAAUUUUUUCUUUUUUUUUGCUUCGUGGAACAGAAGCGAUAUAUCUAAAGGCGAUUUUUGACCUCAAAGAUGUAAGAGCACAGCAAUUUGCGACGGAUUUGUGUUAUACCUAGUGGCGAUAGCGCAUGCGCUACUUCUCCUAGGAUCAAACACAACUUCCAUAUAGAUGGUGAUAUAAGUCUUCAGGCAUCAGAAUUUAAAACAAGUUAUCUCGGCUGGAAAGAAACUCCUGAGAAGAUACUAAGUCUGCUAUAUUUAUUUGUUUAUAAUGUAUUUGGUUUAUAAAUAAAAAGUUAUACAUGUUUUCACCAAAA